AUGGCUCCCCAAACCAUCAUCGCCCCGUCUAUUCUGUCGGCCGACUUCGGCAACCUCGGCCAUGACUGCGCUCGCACCAUUGAGCAGGGCGCCGACUGGUUGCACGUCGACAUCAUGGACGGUCACUUUGUUCCCAACAUCACCUUUGGUCCCCCCGUCGUUGCCAAGAUCCGUGGCCAUGUCGAUAAGCCCCAGGAGAACCACGGACGCGGCACCUUCGACUGCCACAUGAUGAUUGCAGAGCCCAAGAAAUGGGUCAAGGAGUUCAAGAAGGUUGGCUGUGAUCUCUACUGCUUCCACUAUGAGGCUGCCUUCUCCAGUGCCGCCGAGAACCCCGAGGACACAACCGACGAGAAGACGAACCCGAAGGCUCUAAUCCGAUACAUCCACGACCAAGGCCUUCUCGCCGGCAUUGCCAUCAAACCCGAUACCUCUGUCGAUGUUCUGUGGGAUAUUUUGGAGACCACCGAGGAUAAGGAACGGCCAGAUAUGGUCCUGAUCAUGACGGUCUACCCCGGAUUCGGUGGCCAGAAAUUUAUGGCCUCGGAGCUGCCCAAGGUGCAGGCUCUGCGAGAAAAGUACCCCGAGCUGAACAUCGAGGUGGAUGGCGGCCUGGGACCUGGCACCAUUGACCAGGCUGCCGAUGCUGGAGCCAACGUUAUUGUGGCAGGCAGCGCUGUCUUUGGAGCAAAGGACCCCUCUGAGGUUAUCGCUCUGCUGCGGAAGUCAGUGGAUGAGCGCAAGUCCAGAAUUUAG